AUGAAGGUUGUGGAGACUGCAAUGGCUUUGCAGGAUGCUGGAUGCUUCUCUGUUGUUUUGGAAUGUGUGCCAGCACCUGUGGCUGCUGCAGCCACAUCUGCUCUUCAAAUUCCCACAAUUGGCAUUGGAGCUGGACCCUUUUGCAGUGGACAGGUGCUAGUAUACCAUGAUCUACUCGGAAUGCUGCAACACCCACAUCAUGCAAAGGUUACUCCAAAGUUCUGUAAGCAGUAUGCUCGCAUAGGAGAUGUCAUCAAUAAAGCUCUUUUGGAGUACAAGGAAGAAGUAACAAAUGGUUCAUUCCCCGGUCCUUCCCACAGCCCAUACAAAAUGAAUGCUGAUGAUGUGAAUGGUUUCUUUAAGGAGUUAGAGAAAUUGGGUUUAGACAAGGCAGCAUCUGCAGCAACUGCAGCAGCGGAGAAAAUGGAUACAGCACACAAUGCCCAGACGCCAGGAAGCCCCAAGGAAACUAAAUAGGCUCGAGUUUUCUGCAGCUUUGCCUUAAUCAAAUUUAUUUAGGAACAAAAUAAUGCCAUUCUUUUCGGCAUCAUUUUUUUUCUUUUUGUGUGAAGCUCUUAGUACUGCUCAACUGUUCGAAUGAAAUAAUUAUUGAGCUGAA